GAAGAGAGUGACAGAGCCCUCGAAGUCUCCAGUCUGACUUGCUGCUUGAUACUGCAGACGGUGAAGAAAGAAGCUGAAAGAUGAAGACUUUGGCCAUCCUGCUUCUCUGCUCCCUGGCUGUCAUCUGCCUGACUUCAGACACUGGCUCCCAGCCUGCCGGUGACCAACCUGCUCAGGAAGGUUUGUUUGUGGAGAGGGAGCAUGCGUCCACUGUGGUGAGACAGAAGAGAGCUGCUGCAGAGUUGUCCCUGCACCAGCUGGAGAGCCUGAGAGAAGUGUGCGAGGCCAACCUGGCUUGUGAGAACAUGAUGGACACGGAUGGAAUCAUCGCCGCCUACACCGCCUACUAUGGACCGAUCCCCUAUUAGACGCCAUGAACCACGACAACUUCAUCACAACUUGUCUUUUCUUUAACUUGCAUUAUCACCUUUUGAGCUCAACUUUGUCUUUGCAUUAAAAGCAUGAGGGAACAUUUCCCAAUGUCGUUUUACAGAAAUGUAAAAGAGAGAGAUGUGGGGAUAAAGAUGUGAGCAGAUAUGUGGGUAAGAGGAAUAAACCUGCCUGCAUCAACCCACAGAAUUGUCUCUAAUCCUGUCGUUUUCAGCCUGUAGAGUAGUGUGAUGAAAUUAAAUAAAGAUGAAUAAAAUUC